UCUCAUUACUCGCUUUCUUUUGCAGGACUAGGGUUUCGCUUCACUCUGUUGUCGCCGACCCCGCGCGCUUGCUUGCUCGCUUGCUCUGCAACGAACACUUAAUGUUCGUUUUAUUCGCAAAGGCUGUAGAGCAGAGCAAGCCAGUGCUGCAAUGACGACCUUACUUGAGACAUCCGAGGAGGAGCCGACGAUGGCCGUGGCCCGCACUAUAGCGGAGCUUGCAUGGUCUCAAGGCGGGCCUGAUAUUGCGGGACCAGCAGUUGCGCAAUUCUGUAAUGAAGCUCAAUCAUAUUUGAUGGAUAAAUGGUAUCCAGAUCUUGUCAAUUUGUUGCUCACAUCUGCAGACCUCGUGCUUGCGAAUGCCUCCGAGAAAGAUAUGGAAUGCAUUUUUACUGUCAUCUCCAAUUUGGUAUCGAAAGCACAAAGCCCAGAUGACGCACUUGCCAUGGCGGACCAAAUUGCGAACAAGCUCACUGUUCAGCCCAUUGACAAGCCAGUCAGUCGACUUAAAAUCUUAUUUCACUUGUAUAAUGUGCUAGAGAACCCUUACGGUCGGUUUUUGAUCUUUAAGAGAGUGCUCAAGCUUGCCGUAGCUGGAAAAGUCACGGAACUGAUUGUGCCUAUUUUCAAGCGCAUGGAUGCAUUCUUACACGAGUGGAAUAUUAGUGAGAGUGAUAAGCGUGAUAUAUUCCUUUCUGCAACAAACAUUUUGAAGGACCAAAAAGGGUACACGAAGGACUCAUACGCAUUUCUGUUCAAGUACCUGCAAACCUUUAUUGGAGAGGAUGCGAGUACAUUGAACGAAGCUAAAGAGGAAGCUGUCAGAGCUGUCAUAGAAUUUGUCAAGUCUCCGGACAUGUUUCAGAAACAUCGUUGGGGUGAUCAGAGCGUUUUCCUUUGUGACCUAUUGGAUAUGCCAGCCGUAAAACAACUCGAAAGGGACCCCAAGUAUGAGCCUGUAUAUCGUUUGCUCGAGAUAUUUUUGACUGGCCGUCUUGCGGAUUACCUCGAGUUUCAAGCUGCAGAUGCUGCUACUUUGGAGAAUUAUGGACUUGUACAUGAGGAUUGUGUUACUAAAAUGCGGCUGAUGUCGCUAGUGGGGCUUGCUACUGCGGCUUCCGGAGAGGUUUCUUAUGCUGUCAUCCGUGAUACUCUGAAGGUUGCUGAUGACGAGGUCGAGCACUGGGUUGUGAGAGCUAUUGGAGCAAAGCUACUUGAGGCUAAGAUGGAUCAGCAUAGACAAACAGUGAUUAUUGGACGCUGCACUGGGAGGGUUUUCGGACCUGCACAAUGGCAAGAGUUGCGCACAGGACUCGCUGGUUGGAAGGAGAACAUCAACAACGUAGGAAGGAUCAUAGCUCAUGCAAAGUUAUCACAAGGCGGCAUCCCGCAAGCUCUUCAAGUUUAAUCAAAUAAACUAGCAUAUUUUCUUUGAGAUUUAAGUAUGGGAUUGAUUUGUAAUAGGCUAGCAGUGACCUGGAUUGGUCAAGACACUUACGGUUAAGUUGUGAGGCUCGCGUAGGGCAAUUUUCUCGGGAACGUUUUUGGAAAUGAACGCUGAUUUCGAAUAUUAUUAUUCUCUUGUCUAUUUCUGUGUUA